UCACAAUGAUUUUUGCAAUCUGUUGGGGGAGGACCCCUCAAAUAUGAGGCGUGGGGAGGACCUACACCUCCAACUAUGUAACCGGUGGAAUGACACCCUCACGCAUGGUUUAAAAACCCUAAAGAAAGAAAUUAAAGAAAAAUAUUUGUUGCCGGACAAUUGCAAGGCUCUUGCGGCACCCAUCUUAAAUGAAGAGGUCAAGAUCGCCGUGAACGAUCCAGCACUUAAGAGAGACAGAAUUCUAGCUGCCAACCAGCAGCAGUUGGGUAUUGCCCUAACUGCCGUGGGACAGGCCCUGGGCCUAGCCUUGAAGGACAAGAAUCCAACAAUGAUAGAAAAACUGAGUGAUGCGGGCAGACUACUCUGUGACCUCCAUCAUCAACAGACGGUAUCAAGACAGAGGUUAAUAACGAAUGGGUUAAAUAAAAUCACAAAGGAGGGGUUGAAAGAUGCCCCACGGGAUGAAUACCUUUUUGGUGAAAACCUUAGCGAGAGAUGGAAAAAUUAUAGGAACUUAGGCAAGUCAGCUUCCGAGAUGAAGGCUUAUCAGCAACGACCUGCUCCUGCACGGACCAUUUCUUUACCUCAGCGGCCGGGAAACUUCAGAGGCCCACCUCAAGCUUCACCACGGCCACAAAUGAAGCCGAGUGUGGGCAGGCAGAACCAGUUCAACCAGCAGUACAGGCCUCAGAGUUUCAACUUCAAGCAGGGACCACCGAGACGAGGCAAUCAAUUCAACCGGACACGACAGAGAUACUAAACCCACAGGUAAUUGGGGGCAGACUACGUUUCUUUUAUAAAGAUUGGUGCAACAUUACAAAUGAUCCUGUUAUUCUAUCUUGGAUACAAGGUGUACAUAUACCUUUUACAUGCUCGGUUCACCAGCAAUCAUGUUCUAAAGCCAACAUUGUUUCCAUAUCAGAUGAAGUUUACAUGGACACUGAGAUACAGUCUCUUAUUGGAAAGGGUGCUGUGCAGAUUUGUUCUCCUUCACCCAAUCAAUAUGUAUCCCCAACUUUUUUAGUUGAUAAGUCCAACGGUGAAAAGAGGUUCAUCUUAAACUUAAAGGGGCUUAACAAAUUUAUUGAAACCAAACAUUUUAAAUUAGAAGAUUUGAGGACUGUUAUCAAAUUAGUAAAUCCUAAUUGUUUCAUGUGUACAUUAGACUUAAAGGACGCUUAUUUUUUGCUGCCUAUAGCCGCACAGGACCGCAAGUACUUAAGGUUUAAUUGGAAAUCUAAUUUGUAUGAGUUUUUAGUCUUGCCGUUUGGUCUUAAUGUUGCUCCAUACAUCUUCACUAAACUUUUGAAACCAGUGAUGAAAUACCUGCGUUUGCUUGGUUUCAUGUCUGUUAUUUAUAUCGAUGAUUUGUGUCUUAUAGGCAACACAUAUGAAGACUGCUUUACGAACCUUAACAUAACUAAGUCUCUUUUACAGUCAUUAGGGUUUAUAAUUAACUAUCAGAAAAGUAACCUAACUCCAAGCACAUACUGUAAAUUUUUAGGAUUUUGUAUUGACUCUCAAUCAAUGAGGGUAGAGUUACCCUUAGAAAAGAGAUUAAAGAUAAAAGCAAAAAUAAUAAAAAUGAUUCAUACUUCACAUUGUACAAUCCGAGAAUUUGCACGGUUCCUUGGUCUUAUUACUUCAGCUUGUCCUGCAGUUUCCUAUGGUUGGGCCCACACAAAACACUUCGAAAGAAUUAAAUAUUUAGCCUUACUGAAGAAUGAUAACUAUA